CCUCUGGCGUGUGUCUCGUGUCAGUCGAGCCGUGUGCCGCGUCGCGUUAGUGUCGUGUGCGGUAGUACUGCGUGUCUCGUCGAGCAUCGACGAUGACGUCUUCCUCGUUUUUCUGACUAUGAGCGGCGCGCGCUCGUUACGAACAUCACCGGCCACGUCCUCCCCGUCGUUGUCAUCGUUAUCGUCGCCGUCUUUUUAUUCGUUUCGCACGCGGCCCGAUCGGAGAAGCCGCGCGUCAGGACUAUCAACGAAUCUUCGUCGUUCGUUGUCGCUUUUCGAUCCCACGAAAUUGCGAGAUCGGACGCCGCCGGCCGAACGAUCGUUUUCAAAUCCGCGUGCCGGUUCUGUUCGUGAGUCUGUAUAUAAAAGGGGAAACUUCAAUGCGUGGAAUAGCCGACCGUUACCACGUCGCGAGUGACUGCACGAGAUUCUCUGGAGAAGAGUCGAACUACAUUUUCGAACGAGCAAUGAUCAGCGAUUCUCGUCGCGACGAAGUGUCUCUUCGGAACAAAUCAUCAGUGAGUAAACGCGCUCAAUUCUGUUCUCCGUAACUGUUCGUCGUGUUGUUCUGUUGAGUGUAUACGUUUAUCGGGAGUGAGUAACUCAAAGCAGACUCGAAUGUAACGCGUGAAUAUAGCUGAGUGACUGUGUGUCGCGAGAGUUUUUUUAUUCAAAAUCGUUGUAGAAGGCAAGCGGGGAAUCGUUCGCGGAUCAUUUUGCCGACGUUGCCAAGUUUCAACGGAAGGACCGGACCCUUCGCUCGUCCCUCGUCACGAAGAUCUCACGUGAUCUAUAAUCGUCUUCCGUUGAAAAACCACGGAUUGGACAACCGGAUUUUCGAACGACCGGACAACGUCACUUGUGGACCUUCGCGAGUCUUCGACGGCGACAACGUAAAUCGUCUAGAUUUGUCUUGUCUGACCUCUCGAGCUUCUUGGAAUUGUGAACGGGACUAUCGGUUUAUUUCAGUUUAUCACGUAGUGCACGAAACGACUCGCGGUGUGAAAAAUCACGCUAUAUUUUCUUAUCGAUUAUCGAUCUCGCGACUUUAGCGACAUAAUUAAUGAUUCAUCGGGAACGCGCGAGUAAAGUGAAAUUAUCUUAAAAAGUGCCGAAACUUUAGACUUAUACGUUCAAAUUACAAGUUUAUUACGUAAAUAAUCGGUCACUCACAAUCAUUAAAGAAUCGUAUCAUCAAGCAGCAGAAUGCCGAAGUCGAUUUUGUGAAACGCUAAAAGUGCACGAAGAAAUAAAAGUCGUAAAACGCGACAGAAGAUCAUCGAGGAGAUAUCGCUCGGGUUUGCGAUACACGUGCAUUAGAAGCCGAAUAGCCGUCUAAAUUUUCGCCGAAUCGUUUCGCUUCUGUUAUUUCUCGCGUCGCGUGAAAAACAAGAGAACGAGAUUCGAUCGUCGAAUUUUUCGAGCCGCUGGUGCUUCGCUUAUCUUCCGAGAAUCGGUAAUACAAGAAGCGGACGAGAAGCGUAUAAAAACUCGGCGACAAGGAAAGAGAGAAAGAGACGGAAAGAAAGUACGCAGUUGUAAUACUGAUCCUGCUGUACACGUGCAUUAGAAGCCGAAUAAUCCGUCUAAAAUUUCCCCGAAUCGUUUCGCUCUUGUUAUCUCUCGCGUCGCGUGAAAAACAAGAGAACGAGAUUCGAUCGUCAAUUUUUCGAGCCGGUGCUGCUUCGCUUAUCUUCCGAGAAUCGGUAAUAUUAGAAGCGUAUAAAACUCGACGGCGAAGAAACAAUCGACGAUAAGGAAAGAGAGAGAGAGAGAGAGAGAGAGAGAGAGACGGAAGGAAAGAAAGUACGCAGCUGCAAUACUGAUCCUACAUACUACUCGUAUAUCUCGUAAUGCGUCGAAGAGCGGUACAUGUCAAGCGGCGAACGUGACCAUUGCAAACUAUCGCUUGCCCUCACCCCUCGCUCCCCCUUUCUCGUCGCGUGUCUCUAAGUCGUCGGUCGUCGAGACGACCCUCGUUAGUAUCGCGGCCGAUCGUAGAGGAGAAUGUCACGUUGAAACGUGAGAACGGAUACGGUUUAAUACGCUGAAUCGACCGAAUCGAGUUUGGACGAUCCGCGCGCCUCGAUGGACGUUACAUCGUCUGGAAGGCGACCUCGCGAAAUGGUAGCCGUCAAGUACAGCGGAUAAGAGAGACGCGUACCAGGAUCGUCGUACGACGAGGAGCAGCUCGGAGGGAAAAGGCCAACGGUGGAAAAGAACGAAGGCGGGUGAGAGACAGGAAGUCAGCUUUAAAAGAGCGAACAAGCGGAGGCGUAGUCUGGGCCCACGCGUACACAACGAGAGUAUCGAGAUGACCAUGGCGAGCAACAUCGUGGUCGAGUGGCUGCGCUCGCUCCACCUCGGCCAAUACUCGGAGUCGUUCAUCGACAAUGGCUACGACGACCUUGAGAUCUGCAAGCAGAUCGGCGAUCCGGAUCUCGACGCGAUCGGCGUCUUCAAUCAGAAGCACCGCGCUCGCUUGCUGCAAUCGGUGAAGACCCUCCGCGAGGAGGGCGCCGCGAGUGUAUACUUUACGCUGGAGGAGACCAACGACAGUAACUGCGACAACAUCAGCUCCAAGUCUUCGAGAACGUCGUCCGAGAGGCCACCCAGCGACAAAGAGGCGCAACGUGCGUCGCCCACGGCAAGUUCCUCCAGCGGCGGUCAAGAGUUGACCAAGUUCGCAGACGAGUACGAGGAAGGCAAGGCCGAGCUGGUGAGAAUUCCAAGGAUGCAACUGAGGAUGCUGCUGCAGGAGAAGCUGAGACACGACGGCAUUAGGCUAGCCUGUCAACCAUACACCACACCGGAGGGCGAGAGGGGGUAUUUGGAGGGACUCGCGUCGAGGUACGCGGACCUCUUCAGAACACAUUACGGAGAUGUUUUGGAACCGCUCGAGGAGUUACGUCGGCGAGAAACAAACGCUUCCGCCAGAGUUCCCAACACUCAGCUCACCACCAGUCAUUCACAGCCCAUUUACGUGCCCGGGAAAUACUCGCCCUCGAGCUGCCUCAGCGACAAGGAGGAGGAUGAAAUCUAUGGCUUUGGAUACGGGGUUUUCAGCAGACAGAUGCUCCAACAUCGACAACAGAAGCUCGCACUCGCUACGCAAAACACGACUGCCGCCGUGACAUCAGGAGGUGGACCUCAGACAACAACCUAUCAAAGUUGUCUGAGCCCGAGAUCUGCGUUCUUCUACGAGUUCCCGCCUAACGAACAGGGACAAAAUACGAGUAAGAAAAAGACGACAUUUUCAAGGUUGUUACGAGGAUUGAAGACUCAUAGGAAAGAGAAACAAGGUCAACAAACUCAAGGCUCUCCCAGGCACGGUCGCGCAAGGAUGGGCGUUCCUCAAAGAGUAGAUACACCUGACAGUGUUCUUCAAAGCGGUUUGGGUCUCGGACCCGACAUGGGACACACGAUUCUUCGUUCGAUGGUGGAUCCUAGAGAUUACGAUCGACUGAGAUAUCUACAGAUGAAUGGCGGACAACCAAACAGUUUCGAAGAAACUAUACACAGGUUGAAAGUUCAAGAGGCGCUACGAAAGAAAGAGCGAUUCCACAAAGAGCACGAAGAGAUACUAAGGGAUAUCCGGCAGGGUUUAAUGCAGCUAGGACGAGACGGACGGGGUCAGCUCCCUGGGGAUGAUACGUAUAUGUACGACGAAGAUGCGCGAUGCGGAGGUGCGGGUGGUUUAGGACCAGGUGGUCAACACUGGUACGACGAACCGCCUUAUGAAUCCGAUCCCGAAGACUUUCUUAUGGGAGCUAGCGGUGGCCCAGUACCUACCGCGACUAUCCAAAAUGGAAGGGUAUGCUUUACACUGAACUUGAGGCCGGAGAAUCGAGGGGAGGGCGUGAUCUCUCUUCGAACAGCUGGCGAUAUCAGCCUGCCGCGCGAUCAUUCGAGAAAAGGUGCGACAUCGACGAUGCGAGGUCUCAUCGUUCCUCAGGGUCACAAUAAUCCGCCGACGAUUAUACCCUUAACCCAUUCAAGGGCUUCGCGGGAGAGCGGAGAUUACGCGAGUAGCGACGUACAGAGUGUGAGCUCGAGACUGUCGACUGUGUCGGUGGACACGAGUAGGAGCGACCAGCCUCCGGUGGGCGGUUGCCAUCCCGAUCGGCCGGAGCAUCACCACGAGCACCAUCACAACCAUCGUCAUCAUCACGAUCAUCACCACUCGGUCUCACCCCGAUCCAAUCAGCGUCACCCCAUCGCUACUAGCACAACCGUAACCAACACCGUCGACGCAACGUCACCGCAAAGCAACGCGCAACGUCGCCCGAUCCCCAGAUAUAGCCGGAGUAGCGGCGAGGAGGGACUAUCGCCCAGCCAGAGCAGCGACUACGAAGAUCAAGAGGAACUCGAAAGUCAACACUCGGCCGCCGUACACACAUCGGAGGCCAGUGCUCUACUGGAGGGUGGCGAUGCCAGGGCGGGAAUCGCGGGCCGAGCGAGGAAUUUGAGGCACGACGUGCAACGAAAGAUCUCGAGGUUGCGCCAGGAUCGCGCGUCCUCGGAAGCCUUCCCGUGCAGCGCGAGCAGCGUCGAGAGCCUGCCGAGUGGAAGCGGCUCGAGCACGCAGGCAUUGGUCCGAGCGGGAAGCAAUCACAGCUCGAUAUCCUGCGAGGACAGGGACGCCAUCAGCCCGACGUCUAUCGGACCUGUGCUCUGUAGAGCAAGGGCGCUCGUAGAUUACACCCCCAGUCCGUACGACAAGGACGCGCUCAAGUUCAAGAAGGGGGACAUAAUCGAUGUGGUACAAAUGAACAAGAGCGGGCUAUGGAAGGGCGUCGUGCACAACAGGAUAGGCCACUUCAAGUUCAUAAACGUUGAGAUACUGAACGACAGGGUACCUAGGCGAGGGGAACCGGAGCGGGGCAAGUGGGGUCAGAGAUAUAGGCAGAAGCCGGGUUCCGUUCAAGAGCUCUUGCAGAGAAUGAAUCUUCAGGAACAUAUUCCAGUUUUUAUAUUGAACGGAUACGAGGAUCUCGAGCUCUUCAGGGAGUUGGAAGCGGCGGAUCUGGACUAUUUGCGUAUACAUCAACCCGAGGAUCGUGCCAAGAUACUCACCGCCGUGCAGCUUCUACAUGAUCUUCAGUCGGGCAGCGAAGGUGACCUGGCUUCGAGCUCGGAGGGUGACGAGGUCAGCCGUCUGGUCUUAACCUCUGGCCAGACGUCCGGCCACUGUUCUCCCUUUAACCGACGCCAGUUCCCACGGGACUCCGGCUGCUACGAUGCGCACAAGAAUACGACCAGUCGGCGGACCAUCAGCCCGGAAUCAACUACGACGUCGGCGAAGUUGUCGAGAGAGAACAAUUUGGACAGCGCGUCAACGGCGGUUACGAAGAACGCUAGCGGUGCGGCCGCUACGGAGGGCGGUCUGACCGAUUCGAAGGACGACUUCCAUCCCAAUAUACCGAUCUCCGGCCCGAUAGAAAGGAAAGAGAGCCAAUUCGAGAAGUCGCCGUUGCUGCGGGGCGGCAGCGUGCGAUAUAUCGCGAAAAGGGGUACUUUCGGCGAGACGGUGGUCAUCGAGGACACCGAGGGUGGUCCGAAACUGGGUGGUAUGGUCAAGUAUAUGGUCGGCGGUGCCGGCGAUCUCGGCCUCGAGAGUGCCGGCAACGCCACCGGUCUCGGUCAGCGCGGUUGUCUCAGCGAGAAAUCCAGCGACUCUGGCGUCAGCUCGUCCAGCAUCAGCUCGGCGCCUCCGCCUAGAGACAAGAUUCUCGCAUCAGCCAGCGUCCUUUCGGACUCACCCACCAAGAGCUUUGGUAGCUUCACCAGAGCGUCGCCGACUUCUCAAGGCAACAGCAAAACUCAGAACAAUGAUGGGAGCUACCAAUGAGAGAAGCAGCAUCGAAUCGGUAGGUCGAUGAGUCGCGGCGCGAUCUUGAGCCCGAAGGUAAGGAAAAUAAAAAUGAGAGAAUUGCUUAAUGAUCUUGAUGGGGAACCGAUUGAGCAGCCUUAAUUCAAAUUUAAAUGAGAUUUGCAUGAUCGCGAUCGUCUCUAGACUACGAUUCGUUCGCGAAAAAGUUGAGCAAUGUCGGGAUCAACGAAUACUUCGGAUAUGUAUUUUGUAUUCCGUAAGAAAGAUACAACUUUCGAAUCCGAUCCUAAUAAGAACGUACGUCACAACAAGAUAUUUCUUCCACUCCGAAUAACUGCAGAGUUAAAGCAAUUCUAAUAAGAUUGAUAAUAAUAAUAAUUGACAAUUGCUAUGUUUGCUCGUUGUAGAGUAUGUGGGGCAUACAAACGCAUCUUGAUUUGAAUACGCAAAGCAAUAUCUUACAUUUUCUGUUAUUUUUGAAAAGAAAAAAAAAAAACAAAAAGAUCUUACUUUGUUUGAUAAUUUUUGUCACGAACGCGUGAUCAUAAAUUUUAAUAUCUCUUGACAUUCGCUGGUAUUAACGUCGGGAGAAUUUUUUAUUAUUCCGUAUCUUGAAUAUUUGGGGAUGACAAGGGAGAAUGAAAAGAACUAAGGCGAGAAUCGCGCAAAAUUCUGAACCUCAGAAUUUUUAACUUAUAAGAGUAACCGGAAGGAAGUGCGAGCAAAUUUUUUUCACAUCGCGUUUAAUUCGAAAAAAGUGCGUUUGAUGAGAAGAGCAAGGCUGACAAUGAGCAUAAUGUCACUGCCAAUCAUCAUUCUGAUCCUUACACAUUUCCCCUUGCCCUUGGUUUAUCGAAACCAAACCAAGUUACAUCGCCUAUGUAAUUGUGUAAUUAAUAAUAGUAAUAAUAAUAAGCGAAGAAUACUAUGUGAUACGGUAGCAAUAUACGAUCGAUUAAUCGAAUAGGUAGAGAAGAAAGAAACGACGGCCAGCGACCACGUGCACCGUCGUCGCGAUCCAAUGCGUACAAUAAAUAAAUGAUGAGAAAAAAAAAGAAGAAAUAAAAAGAUUGUAUAAUAUAUAACAAAUAUGCGUGUCCAUUAGUUUUGAUUUCACGUUCGGUAUUAUCUGUCGAUUUCAUCUCAGCGACGAUCUCGCGAUUAAUCACUACAAACGCUAUAGUUUGUCCGACAUGCGAUACAGUCCGUGAAAAACUGCCAGCGUUAUCGAGUUUUUGUCUCUCUUUUCAGAUAGCGAUCUCUUAUCUCAUAUAUUUUAAUCUCUUUCAUACGUUAAAUCGAUCUCAUCGCUAUAUAAAAGGCCGUGUAAACCGUACGAGAAAUAGUUAUGAAUUAUCUUGAGACAAUUUUCUCGCUUAAAUAUAGUAAACUCGCGAGGAUCCAUCUUUCUUAUCCGGUGAUGUAGACGGAUUAUCGGAUCACAGGAUGCCUUACGAGCGUUUUUCACUCUUACUUACAAUUAGCUUAUUUACGCGACUUUAAUAAAGCUUUGCGUCACACUCGAACGCGUCGACUCUCGCGAGGGAAUAUCUCGUUUAUUUUUCACUUUUCGCAUAAUUUUGUACGAAAUAGCGACGAAAUUUCCAUGAAACGGCGCCGAUUAUUAUGCCGCAUCGCUUACUGUUACGAUCGACAAUCCCCCCAUCGUCGAUGCGACUCAUCAGUUCUUCGACACGAUGGUAAUCUGUACAUGUGUAUAUUGACCAUGCCACGGGAGAGGAAAACGUUGAAAGUUAUAGAGAUUUUGUAUGUACGUAUAUAUACAUAUACACAUGUAUAUGUAUAUAUAUGCAUAGAACUUAAUGAUGUUUUGUAUUGACCUUGCCCGUUUGCCAAAAUUUAAGAUUAGGCUCUAUACAUACGCGAUAUAUAUUAUAUAUAUAUAUUAUACCGUUGGAUUUUAUUGUACAUCUCUUGUAUAGUGUAAAAUCAUAGAUGAAUUUACGAGACGCGGGAGCGCAAUCAGAAAAAGAGCUGUGGGAACAGAUAUGGGCGGAGCCGAGGUGCCCGACGGAUAAUAAUAAUUUAUAAGUAAUAAUUUUAGCUGUGAGAAAGAGAGAGAGAGAGAGAGAGAGAGAGAGAGAGAGAGAGAGAGAGAGACGAUUCGACGCAAAACACAUUAUUAUUAAUUAAAGUAGAAGAAGAAAUAUGCAGGACAAGCGCACCCACCCCGAAUGAAUGAACGAUCGAAGCACGGAAGCACUUUUGACGGAAAGUGAUGAUAUUAAAGAGUUCUUGCAAUGCCGUGUUUUUCACAUUUACGAUAAACACUAAAGAUAUGCGUUCCCUAAAAAAAAAAAAAAAAGAUAUCCGACUCCUAUAUCCGUUUAACUGACAAAUAAAAACUAUGAACUUGCGCUUGAUGUGUGUAUGUUCACGAUUUCAAAUAGAAUAUCUUAAUAAUAUUCGGAUAGAGAUAAUUUAAAUGACAAGAGGCGAUAUUCGUGAAUUAAAUGCUCGGAUAAGUUCGAGAUGAAAGUUGUUGAGAGAGAGAGAAAGCUUAGUGUUUAUCGUAUUCGAUAUACGUUAUUGCAAUAACGUUAUAAGAAUUUAUUGGAAGCUGACAAGCAAUUUCACAUGUACAUUUUUCACAUUGUCAUCAUCUAACGUGUAAGGUAGAGAGCGUGCUUCUUUUUACAACAUUGUCGCAAUACAAAAAGCAAAUUGGAGGAAGUAGAAAAAAGAUUCGGUCGGUUCAGAAGUCGGCUAUGAUUAGAUCGAAUAUGUAGGCGCAAGUUGCUUCCAUUGACAUCGAGAUUGAUUAAUGUCAUCAUACUCGAUCGCGGGCACAUGCGUGCGUAGCGGGCACGAAAUUUCCAAGCAUUCGAGAUCGCAUUUCGCUCGCUUCAUCAGUGGAUUAAUUUUUUUUUUUUUUUUUUAUGAAUUUGUGUGAUGAUUCGACGUUUUGAAUAGUGCCGAAAAGACUUAUUCAAUAAAUAAUGUGUCGAUUUCGAUGACUGCUAGUUUAUCCGUUCCAUCGAGAAUAUUAACAAGUGUAGAGAACGAGCGAAGCGAUUAUUAUGAGACACAAAGGGCGAGACUGAGAGAGAUGAUUGAAAAUUGAGCAUAUGUGCGCGUAUGUGAGAGAGGAAAAGCGGAAAGGAAGAGAAGGAAACGACGCGAUGUUAAAUUAAUAACGAGUUUAUAAGAAUACGAAUAGACACGAUAGUGAUUUUAUUAGCUCGGGAAAUUACGCAGCGUUUGAUGUAAAGUAAACUUAUUCUACUCGUAGACCCCCUUCCUCCUUCAAAAAAGAGGGAAGCGCAGUAAUCGAAAAUAGAUAAUUUAAGCGAAUCUUUAAGGAAGAAAUGAGAAUCGUCGAUGAUGAAGGAAGGCCUACGGCGUCGCUUUGCACGCCCGUCGAAAACGGCGAAGCGCGAUCGCUAGAUAAAUUUAUGAGAGAAGCAUCGAAGCACGUCGUUUCCGAUGAUUUGCUAGCGAAUGAAAUUAAGCGUUUACGUAGCGAUCUAGUCCAUUCUUCUCGCGUGGUUAACGAAUAAAAUGUACAUAAAAUAAUAAAACACAGAUCUAGAGAGAACCCGGCGAUCGCGUCCGCAUCGUUAGCGCGCAUCGUCGGACCUUUUUAUAAGCUGAUUUUGUAUUUAUUGGUUAAUUGCGGGGUUUGUAGAUGGUCACGCGAAUCACACAUAAUUCUUAUCGUCUCUCGGUUCUCGUAUGGUUUCCAACGAUAAGUGUUAAUUUAUUGACUGUGAAUAGAAAUAAACGAUGGAAGAUACAAACGA